GUCUCUCGGAAACUCAGCAGGAGGCAUCGUGAAUCGGUUUCUGGCCAGAAAUCUCAGCUGAGGAGAAAUCUUAUUAAUCUCUCGUGACGUGGCUGUUCAGAAAUGACAGAAAAGUGGGAAAAUAACGAGGAGAUCAAGAUCUUCAGGGAGUACCUGAGGAUUCCCAGCGUUCAUCCCAAUCCGGAUUAUGUUCCUUGCGUUGACUUCCUGCGCCGUCAGGCUUCAUCCCUUGGGAUGGACUUCAAAGUCUUCUAUCCCGUGAACGAGAAGAAUCCCAUUGUUAUCCUCAGUCUGAAAGGAAGUGAUCCCUCACUGCCGACAAUCCUCCUAAACAGCCACAUGGACGUCGUUCCCGUUUUCCCAGAGAAAUGGUCACAUCCUCCCUUCUCUGCCCAUCUGGAUUCCGACGGGAAGAUCUUCGCUAGAGGAUCCCAGGACAUGAAAUGCGUAGGGACGCAGUUCCUGGGAGCAUUGAGAGCUCUCAAGAGAGACGGAAUUGUGCUCAAAAGAACAAUCCAUGCAUGCUUCGUGCCAGAUGAGGAAGUUGGCGGGAAGUUGGGCAUGGCGAAAUUUGUCCACAGUGAAGACUUUCGCGCUCUGAACGUGGGAUUUGCCCUAGAUGAGGGCAUUGCCAGCCCCACGGAAACCUAUCCAGUUUUCUAUGCAGAACGCCCAGCUUGGCGUGUCUAUUUCAAAUGCUCAGGAACUCCUGGCCAUGGAUCUCUGCUGCACAAGAACACCGCUGGAGAAGGAGUCCGCAAAAUCUUGGACAAAAUGAUGGAUUUCCGUGAGAAAGAAGCUCAACGUUUGGAGAAUAAUCCCGAUCUCUUAAUAGGAGAUGUCACGACAGUUAAUUUGACGAGGAUUUUCGGCGGUGUCCAGUCUAAUGUUGUCCCUCCACUCCUCACCAUUGGGUUCGACGUUCGCAUUGCCCUUGAUGUGAACCUGGAGGACUUCCAUCAGCAGCUGAAAGAUUGGGCUAAAGAAGCAGGAGAUGGGGUUGAACUGGAAUUUGAGCUUAAAGAACCUCUGAUUCCACCAACAACCCUGGAUGCUUCCAACAUUUACUGGACAGCCUUCAAGGGGGCUAUUGAUGAGCUGAAGUUGAACAUUCGCACUCAAGUCUUUCCCGGAGGAACGGACAGUCGCUACGUGCGAGAGAUUGGAAUUCCUGCCAUUGGAUUUUCACCCAUGGGCAAUACUCCGGUUCUCCUGCACGAUCACGAUGAGUUCCUCCAAGCAGACGUCUAUCUCCGAGGCAUCGAUAUCUUCAAGAAGAUCAUCGACAAAGUAGCCAAUUGCUAGCUCAAAAGAUAAGGCUUCAUUGCCUAUUCAAAUAGCUAUCUUACUUGAUAAAAAGAUAAAGAAUAAAAGGUUUUGAUCCAGUGAA